AUGUCCCAGUAGAGAUGCCGUAGAAUAUCCACCGCUAAUUUACUUCCGUCGCCAAGUUGGGUGGUCGCAAUGGCGACGUACGUGGAGAUAUUGAGGAGCGAGUUUCCGGAGAUUGACUCGGAAUUGUUCAACUACAUCACAGGCGUGUUGGGCAAUGGCGGGUCUGACUUCGAGGACGGCGAAGAUGUGUUUGACGCCAUUGGUGGAGUCCUGCAAGAGAUGUCACCUGACAGCAAAAACGAGGACGAUAUCAGGGACAUCUGUCUGCAGAUGUUCAACACACUCCAGCUGAGCACCUGUCCCGCCGCUCAGCGCCAAGUGUUGCUGGACGCGCCAGUGCAGCUGUCGCAGAUGUCGACGGACACGACCCCGGCCGCCAAAGAAGUGCAGGGAAUCUGGAUGAUGAAGCGUUCUCAGAACACGAUGGUGGACGCCAAGAAGCUGGAGAAGGCGGAGGCCAAGCUGAAAGCCAAACAUGAGCGGCGGAAUGAGAAGGAUUCCCAAAAGACGUCCAGUCCGAUUGUCCUGGAUGAGGCGUCGGCCAGUCAGGCGAGCAGUAAAAAAGAUGCUCGGGUCGACCAGUCAACGAAGAAUCGCAGCUACGAUAUCCGCAUCGAGAACUUUGACGUGUCCUUCGGAGAGAGGUGUCUGCUGCAGGGGGCGGAGCUCUCUCUUGCAUCAGGCCGGCGGUACGGCCUGAUUGGUCGGAAUGGGCUGGGCAAAACGACGCUGCUGAAGAUGUUGGCCAGCCGCAACCUGCGAGUCCCGCCGCACAUCUCCAUCCUGCACGUUGAGCAGGAAGUGGCCGGCGACGAGACGGCGGCGCUGCAAAGCGUGCUGGAGAGUGACACGUUGAGGGAGGACCUCUUAAACGAGGAGCGGCGUCUGAACGCGCGCAUCGCCAACGGCACGGCUGAGGGGACGGAGAGCGUCCGCCUGUCGGAAAUUUACGGCAAACUGGAGGAGAUCGAAGCUGACAAAGCCCCGGCCCGAGCCUCCGUUAUCUUGGCUGGGCUUGGAUUUUCUCCCAGAAUGCAGCAGCAGCCCACCAAGGAGUUUUCCGGAGGAUGGAGGAUGAGGUUGGCCCUAGCAAGAGCCCUGUUUGGCCGGCCCGACCUGCUGCUACUUGACGAGCCGACCAACAUGUUGGAUGUCAGGGCCAUUCUGUGGCUGGAGAACUACUUGCAGACGUGGCAGUCCACCAUCUUGGUCGUCUCCCACGACCGAAACUUCCUGAACGCCGUGGUGACUGACAUCAUCCACCUGCACUCCCAGAGGCUGGACUGUUACCGUGGCGACUAUGAAAACUUUGUGAAAACCAAGGAAGACCGGCUGAAAAACCAACAUCGAGAGUACGAGGCCCAGCUGCAGUAUAGGCAACACAUACAGGUGUUUAUCGACCGCUUUCGCUACAACGCAAACAGAGCAGCUCAGGUCCAGAGCAAAUUGAAACUGCUGGAAAAACUGCCUGAACUCAAACCCAUCGACAAAGAAGCAGAGGUGGCUUUGAGGUUCCCAGACAACUUUGAGAAGUUGUCCCCUCCCAUCCUGCAGCUGGACGAGGUGGAGUUCUACUACACCCCCGACCAGCGCCUUUUCUCCGGGCUCAACCUGUCAGCUGACCUGGAGUCUCGGAUCUGCAUCGUGGGACAAAAUGGCGCCGGGAAGAGUACCGUCCUCAAGCUGCUGAUGGGUGAGCUGACGCCGGUCGACGGAACCCGCCAAGCUCACAGGAACCUGAAGAUCGGCUACUUCAGUCAGCACCACGUGGACCAGCUGGACUUGAACGUCUGCUCCAUAGAACUGCUCCUCAACAAGUUCCCCGGUCGGCCCGAGGAGGAGUACCGACACCAGCUGGGAGGCUACGGCAUCACUGGGGAGCUGGCCACCCGGCCAGUGGCCAGCCUGUCGGGAGGGCAGAAGAGCCGGGUGGCCUUCGCCCAGAUGACCAUGGCAUGUCCCAACUUCUACAUCCUGGACGAGCCCACCAACCACUUGGACAUGGAGACCAUCGAGGCCCUGGCCACGGCCCUCAACAAGUUCCGGGGCGGGGUGAUCCUGGUGUCCCAUGACGAGCGUCUGAUCCGCAUGGUGUGCAAGGAGCUGUGGGUGUGCGACGGCGGCAAAGUGUGGCGUAUGGACGGCGGCUUCGACGAGUACAGGGACGUCCUGCACGAGCAGUUCCGCAAGGAGGGCUACCUGUGAGGCCACACCCAAUCGCAGAAGCCCCGCCUCUUGUCUUGUCAGCGAAUCGGCGACCGGAGCGGACUGAGUGACCUCUUGCUUCAGGUCAUGACCUCUGCGAGCCGUCUGGGUUUUAUCUUCAGGCCGGUGAACUCUGGAGGGGGAGGAGCCUAUUUUAACCUUUUCGGUUUUAGGCGUUGACAACAAAUAAAGAUGACACACACUU